AUGACUACUUUCCAUUUGUUUCAGAACCCAGACAGGAAAAUGUUUCAGGAGCCAUCAGAAAUUUUGUUCGAAUCAUUGUCGAGCAAUCAUGUUCUGGACACAGUCCAUGAUUCACUUUCAUUCGAUAUGGUUGAGGAAUCUACAACAGAAGAAAACACCAACAAGGCAAAGCAAUUGGUGGCGAAGGGUACUGCAGAAGCGAAGAACAAGGAGAGGUCGUACAUAGGUGUGAGGAAGAGGCCAUGGGGAAAAUAUGCAGCAGAGAUCAGAGACACAACAAGGAAUGGAACAAGGGUUUGGCUUGGAACCUUUGACAGUGCAGAAGCUGCUGCUUUGGCUUAUGAUCAAGCUGCAUUCUCUAUGAGAGGCCACAAUGCUGUCCUAAAUUUUCCAGUCAAAANGGUAAAAGAAUCUUUGCAAGAGAUCCAAUACACCUGCUUCACUGGUUCUUCUCCUGCACUUGCACUCAANGAGAGGCACUGCAUCCAAAGAAAAUUGUCAUCACAAGCUAAAAAGUCUAAAGGGAAAAACCCAUCAGAGCAUCCAACACCAACUUUGCUUGUGUUAGAGGAUUUGGGAGUUGAAUAUUUAGACCAUCUUUUAAGCAUAUCAGAUCAAACUCAAAGCCCUAGCUGCUUCCACUAAACCUGUCACUGUUUUUUCCCUUUUCACAACAUCACUGGUUCUUCAAUGUUAAUAUGUUCCUCAGAAAGCACGUUUAUGCUUUUACCAAUUCGUAAUAAAUCCCGUGCC